CCCGACUUGUCUCUGAGCGAAGGAGCACGACAACCCUCGGUGCCAUCUUGUCAUCUCGAGCACUCGAUCCCAACCCAAGCCACUUUACACCCAAUCUACACACUCAUCUAGCAACUUCAUCAGCACAAUCAAGCCAACGAGUCGGCAAGGCGCGGCGCCCUCCUUGACCCCGCCCCCGCACCCACAUCCCCCCCCUACUCACCUCCGACCCGGCCGCACUGGCGCACCCACCCACCGACCAGCUGCGACACCCCUCUGUCCGUGGCCCUACCUCGUCCGACCAGAGCUAGGGGAGGGUCAAGAGCGACCCCCAAUCCCCACCACGUCUACCCCUCUCGCCACCCCUCUAUCGAGUCGCCCAGUGCCGACCAUCGAGACUUGUCCACGCGAUACUCUGACCCCGCGCGCUCCACAGUCGCCCCCGCUGCUGAACGCGGUUGCCACUGAGCAGCUAGACACCAAGGGGCCCGAGACGGCCACCACGACUGACCCUUCACCUCGUGGGACUAUCCGCCGACGCUCGUCAUCAGACACGGACCGCACCCUCGACGGCACUGACCGACCUCCCUCGCGAAAGCACCUACGGCUAGCGCUCGGCGACCCCACUCCUACCUCCUCGGCCUCGUCGUCGACAAUACCAUCAUCACCAGAACCGCCAGGCGCAACUGGCUCCAACUCCAUUCUCCCUACCAUGCGCAAUUCCACCGGCAAUGGCACAACCAACGGGGCUAGUCAGGCCACUGCGUCGUCAUCUACUACACAGACAGGACCUUUCAACAUCCCGGACAGUGUCUUGGAGCUGAUUCAGCCUUAUCGCCCGUCGGGCGCGCUCAUGUAUGAGGACGACACCGACUGGGCACCAGACUACGAUACCGAUGUCAUUAUGGGCUCGGCAUCGCAGCCAGAUGGCUCGUCGACCUUGCCCCUUAGACAGCGGUUUGGCAAGCGCAUGCCGAUUGACAGGGAAGAGAUUGUGCGCCUGAUGAUGCAGGGCCUUCGCGACAUUGGCUAUCAACAAACUGCAGAUGUCCUUGCAAAGGAAUCUGGAUACACUUUGGCUUCCCAAGCGGCCCUCGACUUUCAAGCGGCGGUACUCGGUGCGAGGUGGGCGGAAGCCAUUGCACUGCUCCCCGAACUCGGAAUAGCCCCAAACCCAGGUUCUGGCCUUGCGUCAUCACAAAGCAGUAUCCGGUCGGGCAAGGUCAAGGCCCAGGGCUCAACGAGCGCGAGCGACCACGCAAAGUUCUUGAUUGCGCAGCAAAAGUACCUAGAGUACCUAGAAGCAGGCCAGCAGAAGAAGGCCCUCGCUAUCCUCCGCAACGAGCUGGCAACGUCGGCAACAGACUCGGACGCCCUCCAUGAUCUAUCAGGGUACAUGAUGUGUCUGGACCGCGACGAUCUCUAUCAGCGGGCCAAAUGGGACGGAGCGGCGGGCAUCUCGCGACGACAGCUCUUGGAGCGUCUUCAAGAGCACAUCUCGCCCAACAUUAUGGUGCCCUCUCGACGACUUGCAACUCUUCUUGACCAAGCCCGGCAAACCCAGCAGCUGUCGUGCCCUUAUCAUGAUGACAAUGAUCCAGUGUCACUUUACACUGAUCACCAGUGUGUAAGCGGCUCGUUCCCAUCAGUCACGACGCAUAUUCUUGCCGAUCACACCGAUGAGGUUUGGAGAAUCGAGUGGAGCCCUAACGGCAACUACCUGGCUUCAGCUAGCAAGGACAAGACUGUGGUCAUCUGGGCGCUCAAGACCCAACCUGGCGAAGGCCACCAAUACAGCGUUGAGCCCUUGCACCACUUGAAGGGCCACCGCGGUGACGUCGACGCACUCGCCUGGUCUCCGGACGGUGAGACCCUGGUCACCGCAUCGGACAAGCAAAUCUACAUCUGGCAGGCCAAGUCUGGCACUCAAAGCUCUGUCAAUGUAGAAACCUCCCAGCAUACCGACACCAUCAGCGCCAUCCAAUUCAUGCCCAAUGGCACGCAGUUUGUUGUCGCCUCGCUCGACUGCCGUGUCGUGUUCUACAACCUCAAUGGUACUGUGGCCCGCAACUGGUCGAUCCCCAACAUCCAGGUCAUCGACUUUGCAAUCACUCCUGAUGCUUCCCGCAUCAUUGCUCUCACCACAUUCCUAGGCCGCGUGGCGGUGGACAACAAGUUCCACCCGAGCAUUUCCGCACGCUGCCUGGACCCACCACCACCAACCCGUGCCGACUCCGACAUCUACAGCUGGAUGGCGCACGGCUUGCUCAUCAUCCGCGUCGCCGACAAGGAGAUAAUCGAAUCCAACACCGAGAUCCAGGCGGCGUCCGUGACGUGCCUCAAGCUGUCGAGCGACAGCAAGCAUGUUCUCGUCAACUGUAGCCCCGACGAGGUGCAGCUCUUCUCCAUCGACCCAACCAUUCAGUUGGUUCGCAAGUUUGGGGGGCAUGUGCAGGACCGCUUCGUCCUGAGAUCGUGCUUUGGUGCGCCAAAGGACCGGUUCGUACUCAGUGGAAGCGAAGACGGCCACGUCUAUGUUUGGCAGAGUAACGGCACCACUCCGCUCGAGGUUCUCUCUGGCCACUCUGAAAGCGUCAACGCUGUGGCCUGGAACCCGAUUCUCUCUCGCAAGCUCUUUGCCUCGUGCAGCGACGACGCGACCAUCCGCAUCUGGCAGCCCCCUGCUAGACUUGACGAAGGCGACGCUGGCGACGACGCCGACGGCCUGGAGUUGUAGGCAUUAUUACCCCAGCUCAUGAUGUACUAGCUCAAGUUGUAUAUAUAACCCCCAAAGUUGCCACCGAGA